GCGGGCCCGGCGGCCGCCCCCGCGCCGCGCCCGCGCCUGGCGGCCCGAUGUGGCUGCAGCAGCGGCUUAAGGGGCUGCCGGGACUGCUGUCGAGCAGCUGGGCCCGCCGCCUACUCUGCCUGCUCGGCCUCCUGGUGCUGCUUCUGUGGUUCGCGGGCUCCGGGGCGCGGCGGGCGGCGGGCGGUCUGCAGCUGUUGCCCUGGCCCCGUGGCGAGCCGGGCGCCGCCGAGCCCUCUGCCUGUCUGGAGGCAGCCACCCGCGCGUGGCGCGGCCUGCGGGAGCGGGGCGAGGCUGUACCGCUGGGCCCCGGAGUGCCGGCCCUGGUGGCCAACGGCUUCCUGGCCCUGGACGUGGUCGCCAACCGGCUGUGGGUGACCCCUGGGGAGCGGGAGCCCGCCGUGGCGCCGGACUUCGUGCCCUUCGUGCAGCUGCGCCCGCUGAGCGCGCUCUCUGAAGCUGGAGAGUCAGUGUUGCUGCUGCGGGAAGGGCUGCUGCGGCGGGUGCGCUGCCUGCAGCUCGGGACUCCGGGUCCCGGCCCUGCGGCCGCCGGCCCGGGCCCCGCCUCGGCCUCCGGCCUCGUCACGGGAUCCGGCCGAGACUGCGUGUUGCUGCAAGAGGACUUUCUGGCGCACCGGGGCCGACCCCACGUCUAUCUGCAGCGCAUCCAGCUCAACAACCCCACGGAACGCGUGGCCGCGCUGCAGACUGUCGGGCCCACUGCCGGCCCGGUCCCCAAGGCCUUCACCAGCACCCUGGAGAAGGUCGGAGACCAUCAGUUCCUCCUCUACUCGGGCCGGUCCCCGCCUUUUCCCACGGGGCUGGUGCACCUGCUGGUGGUGGCCGCCAAGAAGUUAGUGAACCGUCUCCAAGUGGCUCCCAAGACGCAACUGGACGAGACUGUGCUGUGGGUGGUGCACGUCUCCGGCCCUCUUAACCCCCAGGUGCUCAAAAGCAAAGCAGGCAAGGAGCUCAAGGUGCUCCAGGACUUGGCACGGAAGGAAAUGCUGGAGCUCUUGGAGAUGCCGGCGGCGGAGCUGCUUCAGGACCACCAGCGCCUCUGGGCCCAGCUCUUCAGCCCAGGUGUGGAAAUGAAGAAGAUCACCGAUGCUCACACUCCAUCAGGCCUGACCGUGAACCUGACGCUGUACUACAUGCUUUCCUGCUCCCCCGCGCCACUGCUCAGCCCCGACCUGAGCCACAGGGAGCGAGACCAGAUGGAGUCGACACUCAACUAUGAAGAUCACUGCUUCAGCGGCCACGCCACCAUGCACGCUGGGAACCUCUGGCCGGGCCGCCUGUCCUCCAUCCAGCAGAUCCUGCAGCUCUGGGACCUGUGGAGGCUGACCCUGCAGAAGCGCGGCUGCAAGGGGCUGGUGCGGGCAGGCGCCCCGGGCAUCCUGCAGGGCAUGGUGCUCAGCUUCGGCGGCCUGCAGUUCACCGAGAACCACCUCCAGUUCCAGGCUGACCCCGACGUGCUGCACAACAGCUACGCCCUGCAUGGCAUCCGCUACAAGAAUGACCACAUCAACCUGGCCGUGCUCGCGGACCCCGAGGGCAAGCCGUACCUGCACGUGUCUGUGGAGUCCCGCGGCCAGCUCAUCAAGAUCUACGCCUGCGAAGCGGGCUGCCUGGACGAGCCUGUGGAGCUGACCUCGGCGCCCCAGGGCCACACCUUCUCGGUCAUGGUGACGCAGCCCAUCACGCCGCUGCUCUACAUCUCCACCGACCUCACGCACCUGCAGGACCUGCGGCACACGCUGCAUCUCAAGGCCAUCCUGGCCCACGACGAGCACAUGGCCCAGCAGGACCCCGGGCUGCCCUUCCUCUUCUGGUUCAGCGUGGCCUCCCUCAUCACCCUCUUCCACCUCUUCCUAUUCAAGCUCAUCUACAACGAGUACUGUGGGCCUGGCGCCAAACCCCUCUUCAGGAGUAAGGAAGAUCCCAGUGUCUGAGUGGCAUCAGUCCUGCUUUCAGUCGCCACUUGCACAAGACACCCAGCACUGAAAGUCCUGCUGCUGCGAACAAGGGAUCCUUUGAAAGCACCCAGCCUUUUGUGCCUUGUUGGGGGACACCAGUGACUCGAAGUGCGCGUGGAUGUUCAGGAGUUUGCAUCAGGGGGCGGGAGGGGCGGGGCUGGUGGACCUUUUGUAAGCUUUCGACUCAAUAAAGUGAACCUAUAUGGAAAAUA